ACGCGCCGAUUCAACGCAAUCGGGUUCGCGGCACUUGAAAGUUUCAAUGCUAUUCAGAGCCACGAGACGCAUCGGCGUCCUUCGGUUCGUUGUAUUUAGUUGACGUCUGCUACGUCUGACGUGUCGCGUCUGCGGUUUGUGUUAAAGGUCUGUUCGAAGUUUGGCCUGUGUCUGUUUGUCCACGUGCUGCUGUGUUAGACGGCAUGAGCUGGACGAACAGAAUGGCUCGCCACGGGAGCGAGCGUUCGUUGCACACGUUGAGUUUGUCUUCUUCGAGAAGUUCCGGAGGUCAACCUUCCGCUACCGGGGCAAAUCAGUCUCUGGAUUACGUCGUGAAUUCAAAGUCACCAGGUUCGUCUGCCCCGAAUUGCGGCCCUCCCUCGCCCCUAACACCGUCUCCCACUUCCGCCGAGCAUUCUCGCAUACCCAGACCAUCCCCUGCGCCUUUGAGGCGCGCCGGAAGUCUACGCGUGCGCGGGGAACAUUCCCUGGGACACCAGCAUCACAGGACCCCCGUGGGUUCAGCCGUCCACAAUCUCCAGGGGAGCACAAGACACCCGCAGGAGUUCUUCCCCGCCAUCACGGAGAAUGGAGUCAGCUCACCCAGGCACCGAUCUCUCAGUUUGUCACUGACACCGGUGCGGCCGCGAAAUAGCAACGCGGCCGCAAGCCUGGGAGCUGAUGAUAGCGAUGCGGAUAGUUUGAAGAGUUACGGAAGUGCUUGUAGCACAGCCAGCGCUUGCGACCAUGCACUUUUUGCGCUAAACGGAACGACAUGGUCCGGAAAGUCACGAAAAUACGUGGUCCACUGUUCUAAUCACAAUAGUGAUACGGAACGGUAUCUCACACCUACGCAACGAGCGGCCAGGCAAAUCAGAAAACUACAAACUCUUCUAAAUGACGCUAAGAAAGAUCUCGAAGAGAAGGAUCGAGAAAUCUUUAGAUUGGCAAAAGAAGUGGUGGAGCUCCGUUUGUACAAAGCAUCGCUUAACAGCCCGGACGACAGAACAGACAGCAGCGAUGCUCUGACCGUCCGAGAAAAUAAUCCUCUUUCUCCCGAAUCCCCCUGCAAAGAUCUACCAGAUGAGGGGUGCCUAAAGUCCCCUACUAACUUGGAGGGUCCUGAAAAAAUAACUUCCGAUCUGCCGUCGUCAUUGGCUGACUCUGGACACUUCGAAGACAGUUCGGUUCACUCUAAAGACUCCGCUUGUUUUCCUACCACUAAUAAUACAUUUUCAACAACUAGAGAAAAUAACGAUCGCGAUGAGGAAAGACGAAGGAUCGUUAAUAUGUACGAAAGUAGGAUAGAGGAGAUGCAUCGCACGCACAUUGACGAAUUACAAGCACUGAAGCAAAAGCAUAAUGAUAAGGUGGAGAAUCUCCUCACGCAAUUAUCUGAAAUAAAUAUUCGAUAUUGCGAAGUACGUCCGAACAUGGAUGCUGCGGAAACACGUACACGAGAACUUGAGGCUGAAUUAGAGGCUGUGAAGAAGCAGCUUAAAGAACAGAACCUUUUAUUGGAUGAGCAGGAGGAAAGAAAUAAACAGAUGUACCUGAAAAUGUAUGCCAAAGGCCAAGAAGCUGCUCGUAUAGAACAAGCUGACCAGAUAUUAGAGCAAGCGCAUCAAACGCCGUCGAAAGUCUCCGUACCUGAGCUGCUCCAGCAGUUAACCAUAACGAAGGCAGAAUUAGAGAAUAUUAAGGAUACAAGCUACACGCCUGAACCUCACAUUUCAGCCGAUAGUAGCAAAACUUUGUUAAGCGCUAAGGAGGCUGUUUCUCUCUGGGUCCUUGGCGUUCGUAAGGCAAUGUAUCGGCGGAUAAUCGAAUCACGAAACAGCCAGGAAACCGUUGACCCAGAAAUCACCUUACAAUUCUUGAAAUCAGCAGUGUACUACUUUCUCACAGACAGAGAAAACCAUAAUGGCCACUUAAAUGCCAUCGAAAGUAUCCUCGGUUUCACAGAAUCCGAGAAACUCAACAUCGACAAGCUUUAUAGAUCCCUUAGAAAAUAGUUAUUUAAUCAAAAACUAUGCCUUCGUUGUUGUCCAUAUGUUGUUAAUGAUGGUGUAUGGUGCUGUCCAUUGUGAUGGCACAAAAAUCUCCCUUAUAUUUAUCUUCAAGGGCACUAUUUAUGCCUUGAAAAUACGGACAAGUUUCACAUCAGAGAAAUGGAAGUACAAUUCGUACCACUAGUUUUAUCUAUUCUUACAAACAGCGUGAGUAAGUUUUCCCAGUGAAUAGACGUUCAUGUUUUAACAAAGGUCAUGCAGAAAUAUACUUAUUGUUAGAGUUGCCGAAAAAUUCAUGAUUCAAAGAGGUUCGGAUGCUCACAACUUUCAGUUCAUAACAAAACGUGUCAAGCGGCAGCCCUUCCCAUUUCGGUUUAUCUAAAAUUGCGAUUGCCUUUGCCAAAGGCAGCAUCAGACAUCAACCUUUAUCUUGCUGCUACUGGAUAGCGAGCCGUAUCAAUGUAUGUCAUCUAUCAUAAAUUUAGAUAUUUUCAUGUUCUGAGAUUUGUAACUACACAUACUUAGUCAGUGGACUAUUUCUUAUCCAAUUUAUUAGGCAUGUAUUUGUAAAGUUAAAAUUAUGAUAAUUUUAUAAUCCAAAGAGAUUUACUAUUCCUAUUCAUUUACAAUUAGCAACCUAAUAGACUGCGGUGAGAAAUAUAUUAUACACGUCUUUUUAAGAAGUAAAUAUAUAUGUUACUUAUUUAGAAGAAAAAAAACAAAUUCAAUUACAUUUUAAAAUUAUCCUAUAGCAAUAUUAUAAAUUUGAGACUUAAAAGUUUUAUGCACGACUAAUGGUACUUAUCAUCAUUCUACUUGUAAAUGUAACGUAUGAUUGUAAAAUGGAACAAAUGUUUUUCUUGCAGAAGUCUGCAAGGAUUCCAUUACCUCCAUUUUCAUCAAUACGAAUUAAACAUAAUUUUGAAUCUAAGAAAUAUCGACCCAAUCCCCAAAUUCAAUACAGACAUUACAAGUUUAUUUGAACAUUGCAGAACCAAGUAUACCUUAGUUAAGCUUUAACCCUGGUGAAAUGACGUCCAGAUAAGAUAAAAAUGAGGAGACUGAAGGAAAUAUCUUGCCUUUAAUUCUGUGUUUGUCAAAUUAGAAGCUCAUCACAAGUGGGUUUGCAUCGCAAAUGCUCACAGAUACCUUGCCACAAUUGUCUCACAUCGCCUCCACUGUUUAAUCCCAUGUAUGCGAAGUUUCAUUAACUGCAAAAAUGGAGUUGCAGCAUUUCGCAAUCGAAGAAAAGUUUGACUUCUGUACUAAACCCCCACUUGUUGACUUUGAAAUUGGUUUUUCACUCAACAGGUAUAGUGCAUACCUCAGUGCGAUUUUUCAAAGUAUAUAUUCAUAAUCAAGUAAAUUGAUUGUGCUCAAAGACUUAUAAUUUUAUAUUUACGUGAGCAGAUUGCAAACCCAUGUGUAAUAUCUGAUUAGGGCUUGAGCAUUCCUAUUUUAAGCAGUUUUAUGUAUACUACAUAGGCCUAGUUAGUUCAUAGUACCGAUGCACCCGAUGUGGGAAAGAGCAGCUUUUUUAAAUUCCCUGCUGUACACUAUUUUUACUUCAGUACUAAUAUCAAUUUAAGACUACCAUUAAGCAGCAUUUAACUGCAUGUUACUAGCAUACCAGGUAUGAACUAUGCUGAUAAAUAAAAAAUAUAUUCUAUA